CUUUACACCUAACCACGACGGCGAUUCUCUACGGACUCAAUGUUCAAAACUGCAGCAACGAAGUUUGCGCACAAUUCGACUUUACCUUCCUUAGCUGGCCAUAGCGAUAUACGUCCUCUUCAGGACCUUAUCACAGCGGAGAAAUCAGUAUUGAUAUCGCUCCAGAGACUCAGCAUCGACUUGACCAAGGCUGCGGAAGCAUUGCGAGCAUGGGGUAUAGGGGAAGGAGAGGAUCUUGGCGAUACACUGGGUGCAUCAACAUCAAUUAUAGCCCAUUUCACUCAUGCUCUAACGUCGUAUGCCACGCAUGAGCAUGCCGUCCGUGAUCAUAUGAAGUCCAUACGGGCUCGAGAAGAGGCUCUUGACGACCUCAGGAGGAGGAGAAAGGUCGUCGUCAGCAAGGCCGAGGCUGCGGAGCGGAAGCUUAGCAAAAUGAGUCCCGAACACAAGAACCUUGCGAUGCAGACGGACCUCCUCAACCAGCUCCGGGAUCAAAUUCGGUCCAUGGACUUGGAUAUCAUGACGGAGGAGGCGUCGUUGGGAGACUUCAAGCGGUCUACGACACGGUCAAUGAUGGGCUUGAAAUUUGGAGGUUUGCUCGAGUUGAGCGAAAAGGGAGUGAUUGUAGGAGACUAUGGUAAACUGAUUGUCUCGGAGAUUCCAGAGGACGUCACGCAGCCUGGGAUGCCUAGGUUGAUGUACACCGGACAUCCCAAGGUGGAAAUGCUUAUUUCAGAAACGUACAAGGCCGUUAAUCAAGUUGGUUUUUCGACGGUCGCAUCUGAGGUUCGAGAGCAGCGACCUUCCAUACUUUCCUUCCCCAGUUCGCCGAUCCAACCAGCUAGAUUGGAGGCAGCUUCAUCGAGUCCGAACUUUUUGUCUACAUCGCAGGGUAUGAGCGGAGGACAUUUCCUCGAUGCGUCGGACGUGUCAGGCCAAACCGACGGUCCUCCAAUACCUGUGUUCAGGAAGGACACCCUCUCCUAUCCUCCUCUCGAGGCUAUUCGCAAUGAGGAAAGAGUCGGUUCCUGGAGGGGAGAAACAGAAAGGCAUGUGUCUUCUGGUUCGGUAUCACCUGUCAAGACACCUUUUUCCAUUGAAACUCCUUUGCUCAAAGGUCACGAGCCUGAACAAUCCUUCUCAUCAUCUAUUGCUGAGGCGUUGAAAUCCCCCGGUUUCGAUGAACCUGCGCCCUCUUAUGAGGUAUCUCAUUCGCAUUUGUAUGCUCCACCCCCUGGUCCACCCCCUGGCGCGGCUGUGAUCGGCUCUGAGCCAGGCUCGCGCCGGGUAUCGAGAGCCUUAUCCGAUGAAGCCGAACUUGCUUAUACGGCGGUCGAGGAAGACGCUGCGCAUGAGCACAGAGAUGACAAGCAUGUUCGAUUUGGGCAUGUCGGUGAUGUCGACGAGGAAGUGGAGAGGCACCAAGCCCAGGUGGAGUCGGAGCCUAAGAAGGACUCUCCUUCUGGCCGCUCCCCUCGUCGCAUUCCUGUGCCUUCAGUGUCAACAGAGGAUGAGGAACGAGAGUUGAAUGCAGCUGCUGCUAGGGAAGUCAGUAGAGAAUUGGAUGCACUAACGUUCAAUCCACCUCUACCACCACCUUCUCCACAAAAAGACUCAGAAGAAUUGCUAGAGCGUGGUCGUCCGCUAUUCCCUGCAGCUCCUUCGCUUGGUUAUGGGCCGCCUCCAAAUCGCGACCCGUCACCUCUUGCUCCUCCUUCAGCACCCUUCGCGCAUCGUUCGAUCUCCAAUAUUGAGAUUACCGUGCCUACCCCAGCGCAGUCGUAUGCACAGGCACAUCGUGCAUCGAGCUCGUUUGGGUCGCGCAACGAAGCCAUGAGCAGCCCAUUAAUCGAAAGCAGCCCAUUAAUCGAAAGCCGCCCAUUGCCGGCCACGAUUCAUCUCCCAGGCGGUCAAUCUUCUCCUGGUCCCUCUCUCAACUUUCCCUACCGCGCCAAUGCCUCCGAGUUGCCUCCUCCUCGACCAGCAUUUGCAGGGCGUGUUAGAUCCUCCUCGUCGAGUUCCUCAUCCGCACAGGUCCCAUCUGGUGCGCGGACCAUAUCCGCAGCUGCCUUCCGGCGACCACCACCUAGGAUGACAAGCAAUGGAGGCUCAGCCGAUAUUAGCAGUAGCCCCGCUGCAAGCCUUGGCGCGGGAGCGUCGCCUCCUCUACCUCCCGUUCCUGGACCUGCAGAUACGAGUCCGUUGUCGUUCAACAAGAAACGGUCGGUGUCGGUCGCUGGUUCACCCUUGCCGCCCAAGGGAAACGCGUCAAUCCUUCCGCCAGCCCCGGGAGGUGGGAGAAAUAGCUUUGCGGAGAAGGAACGGUUGGAUUCCCCGGUAUCGGAUGAGUAUGAUUAUCUCGAUGCGUAUGUGGACGAGCCUGAGAGGAAUUCGCAGCCCGCCGACGGAAGCCCAAUGCAGCAAGACUUUGGGUCUCUAGGGAACGUUAAGGUCGUAAAUGACGGGUCGCCAAUCAAGGGAGGCUAUGGAGAGGGCAAGUUUGCUACGGAUCUGGAGGGGGGAUUGCGGUAGAAUGGCCAGAGCUGAUCUAUCGCCAUUUUAUCAUGGAUUUCUAUUUUUUCCCCGUCAUAAUGAUACGGCCAUGCAUAAAUCACCUUCUGUAACUGCUAUACUACUGUACGCUACUGUACUGAAUCUUUGACUAUUUAGUUGAACCCUCGAGUUCCCCGUCCCAUCUUUCCAGGUACACGCGUAUACUCACGUCAAUGCGUCAAGGACGUUCUAUUUAGGU